AUGGACACGGUGGCGAGUGGCUGUGGUGCCGAAGAGUCUUCCGAGAGCGACAAUGAAACUGAGCCGGCUCGCAUCUUCCACAGGAGGCUGUCCACCAAGAAGGAGAUCCCCAACUCCGUCGCCACGAAAGAGGGUUUCCUCAUGAAACAGACGUGGUCCUUUCAGCGCUGGCGUCGACGCUUCUUCCGCCUUAAAGGUCACAAAUUGUACUACGCCAAGGAUUCCAAGAGUGAAGUCUUCGAUGAAAUCGAUUUAUCAAACCUCUCCUUCGCUGAGUGCAGCACCAAAAACAUAAAUCACAGUUUUCAGGUCAUCACACCGACUCGGAGUCUCGUGCUGUGUGCAGAAUCGCGACGUGAGAUGGAGGACUGGCUGGCAGCACUGAAGGCCGCCUCGGCCCAGGACUUCUUCGAGCCAGGCCCUUCGGACCCGGACUUCCUCUCCAACCACCACCACUGGUACGCCACGUCGCACGCCCGGCCCACAUACUGCAAUGUGUGUCGCGAAGCGCUGUCCGGAGUCACGUCUCACGGCCUGUCGUGCGAGGUGUGCAAGUGGAAAGUGCACAAGCGGUGCGCGGCCAAAGCCAUCGCCAAUUGCAAGUGGACAACACUGGCCAGCGUGGGGAAGGACAUCAUCGAGGAUCACGACGGCAAUAUCCUCAUGCCGCAUCAGUGGAUGGAGGGUAAUCUUCCGGUGGCGGCAACGUGCGCUGUGUGCAAGAAAACGUGUGGCUCGGUGCUCAGAUUGCAGGAUUGGAGAUGUUUGUGGUGUCGCGCCACUGUUCACACGGCUUGUCGGCCCAACAUGCAGAUGACUUGCCCCCUGGGCCCAGUCCGCGUGUCUGUGGUGCCACCAACGGCUCUCCACUCGGUCGGCGUGGACGAGGCCUGGGAUGUGGUGAAGCCUCAUGGAAGCUUCUCGCCACUCCUUGUCUUCGUCAACUCCAAGUCUGGCGAUAAUCAAGGCGUGAAGUUCCUGCGACGCUUCAAGCAGCUCCUCAAUCCCGCACAGGUGUUUGAUCUCAUCUCCACGGGUCCCGGCCUGGGACUGCGCCUCUUCCGCCACUUUGACCCCUUCCGGAUCCUCGUAUGCUCCGGGGACGGAUCCGUGGGAUGGGUGCUCAGCGAGAUCGAUCGUCUGGACAUGAAUAAGCAAUGCCAGAUUGCGGUUCUUCCACUGGGAACCGGGAAUGACCUGGCCCGAGUGUUGGGCUGGGGCUCAUCAUGUGACGAUGACACGCAUCUGCCGCAGCUCGUGGAGCGCUACGAGAGAGCCAGCACGAAGAUGCUGGACCGAUGGAGUGUGAUGGUGUUCGAGAGGGCCAUCGGAGGCAUGCGAACGCCCAAGAUGUCCAUCUCGAACCACCCCGAUCCGUACCUCAGCAAUGUGGAGGAGACCACAACUUGGCAUCUCCAGGCCCUCCUCGAGACGGAGGACUUGCAAGUGAUAAUAGCCGCCACGAAGGAUCUCUGCGACACAGUCAAUACCCUGCUGGCCAGGAUCGCGGACUGCGUUCGCAGUGACGAACAGUUGGGCAUCAAGUGUGAUAUUCUGCGACACAAGCUCGUGAUGCUGCUCGACACGCUCCAGGAGGAGGAGAGUGGCAUCCACGGGGAUGAUGACCUCGUGCGGACUCUCAAUGACAUCGCCAAGAGGAGCCUGGCAGAGAGACGCCCCAGCACGUGAGUAUUUCAUGUGAUUGAAGUAACAUUCGAGAAGACAGAAAAGGAUAAACUCAAUACAAAGGAGCGCCGCAGCCGGCAGAAGCUGUGCGAGAAGGAGGCUCUCAUAUCACGUGCCAACAGCCUUAAGCGGGCCGUGAGUAAUAUAGUGAAGCAUUCCGAGCGGAUCAAACCGCGAUACUUCCGGCGACUCUCCACGCAGGCCGACAGCUUAAAAAUCCAUACGCCCUCAUUUGAGUCGUCCCCCUGCCCUUCCCCCUCAUUCCAAAUACCACCCAUCAAUAUUAUCUCACCCACGGUCUCGAUGACCCACCUCUCUUGCAUAUCUCCACUGCCAGAUUUACGGCGCGACUCCACCGAUGAGUACUUCUUCAACACUCUCAGUAUCCCAGUGCCCAAGCAGUUUGCCGACAACGGCAGUCGCCGUAGUUCAGGGAUCCCAGAGAGUAUCCAAGAGCUGGAGGAAGCCAGUAGCAACACAGAGAAACUUUUCCCAUUGUGCAAGCUAGAUGAGAGACGAAGGUCCUCAUCGACAUCACCACAGACCCUCAAACCGCCCUCGAUCGAGGUGAAGAGUGACUUCCUCACCGUUGAUUCCAUUCCCGAGCGAUUUCCCGCGGAACAGAGGCCAUCCUUCGAUGGCGCCGCCUCUGACGCAUUCGCUGUGGAGUCUAUCAUAGUACCCAGUAUUGUUGUCCCCGACAAACCCAUCAGCAAUGUGUACACGAGUGAUAAUAUGACCAUCAUCGACACAGACGCACCAGACAGGUCAUCCUCGGAGGAUUUGCCCGGGGAGGCCAGUGAUGUACUUUCGGCCAUUAGCAACGAGGAGUGCAGCGUGACCUCUGAGAUCCUGGAUAAACCACCCGAUGCGGAUCCUCAGGGCUUCGUCGCGGAGCAGAUUCAGGAUCUCGAGUCCGAUCGAAUAUGCCACAUCGAUUCGCCGGAAACGAGUGAUACAACGGACGCUCUCCAUGGUGAGAGCCUGAUGGAUGACAUAAGCUCAGUGCUAGGUCAGGACAUUCUAGGUGCUCUGCAAGACAACACCAUCACAGAGGACACCACGACGCUGUGUGCUCUUGAGAAGCCUAGGAAGAGAUCACUGAAGAAGAAGCUCUCUUCCAACGGGAAGACAGUUCACGAAACGGUGUCUGAGGAGAAGGAGAACAAGCCCGAAGAUCAGCCUUUCGGGUAUGAAAACAUGGUCUUCACCAUUGACCACCGGAAGGAGGACAAACCCAUCCGAUACUGUAGCCUAGCGCAAUUUGUCGAGGGUAACGACAUUGCAAGGAAGAGUUUCAAGAGACCGAAAACUGCAAGUGCCUCAAAAAGCAAGUCAGAACCACAGGAGAGUGGUGACAAUUUAGACACAAUCAAAAUCCAAAUACAGGGAUCACAUUCCGAUCUUUCAGACACAGAGACCUUUAAGAAGCCGGACACGAGGCGCCACAUCAGCUUCGAUGAGUCGUGCAAGAAGGAGUCAGCCGAUCAAAGAUCAUCACCCUACUUUCCCAAGGUAAGUGUAGUCGUGGAGCCCCCUUCCCCGGCAAUUACUAAUGAGCUCCGAGUGCAGCGCUCCGCCGAGAUUCGUCGUCAUUCCAGUCACUCUCCUAGUCUAACGAACAAUGUUCGCGAAUACGAGCGAGAGCGCGAUCGUCGCCACUCGGGCUACAAUCCCAACCUCCUGGGCUUGGAUCAGGAGCACAUGCGCUUCCUCAGCUGCUCUCCGGCGGCAUCGCGCCGCAUCAGCUGCGGAAGUUUGUACAAGCCCAACGAAGCCCUGCCCAUUGGCCUGUCCAAGGCGAACCUACUGGGCAGUACGGCGGCAGGGGUGGAUGGGAAGGACGAGAAGGAUGACAAGAGCAAGCAGGAUAAGGACGAUCAGAAGAUGAAGAGGCUUCCCAUCAUCAAUCCACUCGUGCGAUUGCCUUCCUGGCCAAAUGUUACCAGCGGCACUGGAUUCAUUUCCAAGUGUCUCCUGGCCAAUGCUGAUACUCUCUGUGCAGCAGUCUCGCCACUGAUGGAUCCCGACGAGACUCUACUCGAGGGAUUCUACGAGAAGUGCGUGAUGAACAAUUAUUUCGGCAUCGGGAUCGACGCGAAGAUCUCGCUUGACUUCCACAACAAGCGCGAGGAACAUCCAGAGAAGUGCCGAUCGCGGGCUAAGAAUUACAUGUGGUACGGCGUGCUGGGGUCCAAGCAGUGGCUCCAGAAGACUUACAAGAACCUGGAGCAGCGAGUGCAACUCGAGUGCGAUGGCCAGAGGAUUCCAUUGCCGUCUCUCCAGGGAAUCGUGGUGCUCAAUAUUCCCAGUUUCAUGGGCGGUACUAAUUUUUGGGGUGGCAAGAAGGAGAACGAUUGCUUCCUGGCGCCGAGCUUCGAUGACAGGAUCCUGGAAGUGGUGGCAGUGUUCGGAUCGGUUCAGAUGGCGGCAUCGAGGCUGAUAAAUCUGCAGCAUCACCGGAUUGCGCAGUGUCAGAGUGUGCAGAUCAACAUCUUGGGUGAUGAGGACAUGCCGAUCCAGGUUGACGGCGAGGCUUGGCUUCAACCCCCUGGGAUGAUAAGGAUUAUUCACAAGAACCGCUGUCAGAUGCUCUGUCGGAAUAGGAAUCUGGAAAUCUCGCUGAAGAGCUGGCAGGAGAAGCAGCGACAGCACAGCAUCAGCAUCGCCAGGGAGCAAACAUCCACCACGUCAGAUAUUGGAGUGGGAUCUGACCAAUUCCUCUCCGAGCGGGAGUCUUAUCUCCUGCUCAACUUCAUCGAAGUGUCCUCAUCGCUAGUGAAGUGGGUGAAGUUCCUCAUCAUCAGUCACCCGUCGCUUCAGCACGAACUCUAUGCUGUGGCUUGUCGAACAUCUGAAGCCCUGGAGGCGAUUCAUCCCAAUGGGAAGAUCAUAGACGGUCCCAAUCUGCGGUCACAGUUGGCAGAGGUUGUGACGUGCUCCAGGCAUCUCUACGAGGAGACGUGUGAUCUCUUGCGAGCUCGCGGGUCGAGCCUAAUCCUGAGGGAGGAUCUCGAGACGAAGCUGAGCGUCUCACUGGCCAACAUGGAGAUGGAGCUGCGCAAGUGCACCAUCCACAAGGAUGGCAAGGCAAAGCCGAAGGCCUACCUAAAUGUCCUGGCGCCAAACUACGACACCGACCACGGUCGGAAGAAGUCGAAGCCCUUCUGGCUGCGCUUCCGCAGCCGCGACAGCACCCCCAAUACCAGGGAUCUCCACACCAGGGACACCGUGUCCACGUGGGGCGUCACGGAAGUGACCACGUGGCUGGAGGCGAUGCAGCUGGCCGAGUACGUGGAGAGCUUCUCGCGCAACGACAUCCGCGGCAAGGAGCUGCUCACUCUGGGCAGGCGGGAUCUCAAGGAUCUGGGCGUGACGAAGGUGGGCCACGUGAAGAGGAUCCUGCAGGCCAUCAAGGACCUCAGUGGCGCCUAAGAAGACCUCCCUUUUCACAUCUCAUCCCUCGAUAUAACAUUGUAGAGAGAAUUUCCGCGAGUAGAGAUUAUAUUUUCUAUAUAUCUAUACAUAAUAAUAUACAUAAUGUUAGGCAAGUGCAGAGAUACCAUUUUAGAUUAAGUGGAACCUCAAUUGUGAAUGGAUAAUCCCAGAGAUGACAUAUAUUUAGGUAAAGAAAGAAGAUGAUCUUAGAUUUUACGGAUUUUACCAACAAUUAAUUGCAAUUUGAUGUAGUUUUUAUCCCACAUUACAUGAGUGAAUAUAUUCUAAAUUACCAAGCAAUUGAGAAAAAAAUUAAUAUUUCCUCCCUUAUCUCUCAAGACAAAACAUUCAAGCAUGACAAGUUAUAUUCUUCAAAAUAUACAAUCGUAAGGAAUUAAAAAUAAUCUUGUGUAGAAUGUAAAAGAAAGAAUUUCAAUUAGGCGCUAUAAGAGUUAUUUUCCGAGACGUUGCAACAACAAAUUGAACAUUGAGCCCCACAUGGAAAAGGAACAAUGUAAUUUUUCCGCAAGUCCUCUGCCAAUCUCUCUCCAUUGGACAUAUCACGAAAAAUUAUAUUGUUUGGCAACGAAGAGACACGAUUUGUUCACGCUAUAAGACACCCACAGAGUUAAUAAGAUUAAAUUGUUAAGUAGAUAAAAAUUGAAAUUUAAUUGUAGUGUUUAGUUUAGCAGAGAAAAUCAACAUUGAAAUAACAUGUUAAGGAAGAAGGAAUAUUCCUAAUACUGCGAUAUACAUAAAUAAUCAAAUUAAGAAUUUGAGUAAGUUGAGCAAGUUGAGUGAGGAAAUCGCAGUGAUUUCCAGAGCAGGAAAAGACGUUUUCAACGAAUUUUAUUUUUCUAAAUAUUCUUUUAACAUAUCACGAGCAAAGUUCCUCGAUUGGCCCAUCGUGAGAACUUUGACGCGAGAGAGAAAGUUAAAGAUAUUGGCCACAUUCUCUUUGAGUGCUCUUCUUCACGCAAGGCGGGCCGUUUACGCGCCGACAGUGUACACAGACGCCGUGCACAGUGUUUAUUUUUACUAAAGAGUAUUACUAAGACAAACCCUACCGAAAAAAUUGCCCACCAAUUGAGUCCAUCAGUGGAAAUUACUGGACAUCAGCGCUCGCGGUGUACAUUGUCAGGCAUGAAAACGCUCGUUCUUGCCACUCUUCCCAAUACUUGCGUAUAAAAUUAACUUCCUGCGAAUUUUCUGGGGCUGUAGCAAUUUUCCUUUGGUCUCUGCACACCUCAUUUGUCUUCAGCGACACUCGGCGAAUCUGAGAAAUGUAUAUGAAAACAAGAAGCCGAGACAGAGAUCAUUUGCGAAGGAGAAAAAUAAACACACGCACUCUUUUGAAAUUUCGGCUACUGAAGAAAAAGCCAAAAAGUAGAAGUGGCGGAAAAAAAAUGUGAGGAGACAUAAAGAGUAAUUGAGAUAAAAUGCCUUUUGACGUGCUGCUGAGCAUGGAUAGAAGAGAGAAGAUGAAGAAACUAAUUAAAAAGAAUAUUUUGCCUAGAAGAUAUUUUCCUAUUUUCCUUUAUGCUCCCAAUUUUUUAUUGGCACACACCUUUUUACAAUCAAAAACCGGAGAAUUUGCUCUCAAACAUUCCACGAAUAUGAGAAUUUUACGUUUAUACGCAAAGUGCGUAAGAUAAUGUAAUUCCACACCACACUCACCAAUUAUUUCCAUCUCCUUCUCAGCUCCCUUUUUGCGAGGACCAAAAAGCAACGAAAUUUACAUUUUGCUUUAUUUACACAUCCUUUUGCGUACACGCAGUGGCUUUGUACAUGACAAUGGGUAGCAGAUAUGGUCUUGCAUAUUGUGCUGUACAACAUGCUAAUCUCCACCGCAUUACGGGUAAAAGUGGCACAGUCCUGAACUUAGUGAAGAUUUCAUUGCCAGUCCGCAGGCACACUCUCAAGUUGUUUAUUAGCUUGUCCCCAUGAAGUAUAGUAAUUCAAUUUAAUAGUUACGCAUGUGUGAAUCGACACAAUUGUAUUAUCUUUUGGCUAGAGAUUUGUUCGAGCGAGAUUUUAUUUGGAUUUCAUGUGAAUUAUUCGAUGGGAAGAGAAUAACACUCAAUAUUCUCUCCCAUUUCCUUGUUUCAGCGACACAAAACCUGAGCAGUGAUGUUAUAUUAUAUGAAAAAGUCUUUUGUGCAAUGUAAAACGGAAAUUCUGCAGCUUUAUGAACAGGGCAAUUUUAUUUACAUUCGUCUCUGGCAAAUUCUCACAUUCCUGUUCACUCAAAUGCCUUAUUUAUUAUUUGUAUGAUGGCAAAAAAAUCUCCCAUUUCUCCGAUUUCCUCAAAGCAUCGCACUGAAUAUAUGAUACUUUAUGAAUGUUUUUAAUGAUUUCCCGAGAAAAUUGCCCUGCUAUGCUGCAGCAAAGCCAAUAUACAGUACAUGAAGUACGACUUUUGUUCAUGGAGAAUCCACAGGAAAUGUAUAGAAUAGAAUAGCGAGUAAUUUGAUGGCACUGAAUCCUUGAGAAGAUAUUGUGUGAAUGUGUUCUGUAAUACAGCCUUUAUUGUUCAAUUUCCCACGUUAGACUAUAUGAUAAAGAGAAGAAGAAUUCCACCUUCCUUUUCCGCAUUGUGAAGUUAAAGAUCUAUCUCUAAAUUUAAACCAAGACUGCUGAAUAGUGUAAAACUGUGAUAUUUUUGCAGUCACCUCUCUUUAGACAUGGAAAAUAAGAUGAAAAAAAAAAUUGUGAGAUGAGUAAUAUUUGAGGAGCGUGAGCAACAAGAUGUCUAUAAUACCUUUCAUGGAACCAAAAGAAUAUGUGAGAAAGAGAUGAUAAAAUAUGUAUAAUGUACCCAAAUUGCCAUUUAAUGUUAAACAAACACCCCAUUUGAGAGAAAAAAUCAACAGAUGAAGAAUAUUAUUAUACUUGACUUCUAGAAAAUGUUUCCUAAAAACCGAGAUAAUCUUUCUGAGAGCAAUACAGUUUGUGUAUAGCGAAGAAGAAUCCGCGAAGCCACAAAGGUAGCUUAUAAAUUAUGUAUUAAUUCAAAUGAUUACUGUUGUAUGGAAGAAGCAUUGCUAAUUUAUCCAACAUCUUGAUCUCGUCCAAUUUCUGUGAGCAUCAUUCUUUCACAUCUCUUUUCUUCCCCUCCCCGUGAGAGUUAAAUACACAAAAUCCACCAUAUUUUGUUCUUCAAGCAAUA